UACCGGGCAUCCUCGCCUGAGCAGCUGGGCAAAGCGGAGCGGCGUCGGAUUGAAACCCUUCCCGGGGCAAGGCGAGCGAAUCCAGAGCAACUCGGGGGUCCGCGCCCAUAUUUCCCCCAUUUUUCAACGCGGAGUGUGGGGGACCAUAACAUUUAGGAAGAUGAAGUCUGUAUUGAUAGGAAGCCAACGCAUUGUCUCUGUCUCAGAAAUCCUCAUCAGCACGGCUGUUUUCUGUCUAUUGCUGGUUAUACUCAAAGCCUGGCAACGGAUCCCACCAGGAUUAAGGAAGCUACGAGGGCCAAGGGGGUAUCCCUUUAUUGGGAAUAUCUUGGACCUGGGGAAGAAUCCCCAUCUGGCUUUGACACAGAUGAGCCAGAAGUAUGGUGACAUCAUGCUAAUUCAUCUUGGUACAAGACCAGUGCUGGUGUUGAGUGGGUUGGAAACUAUCAAGCAAGCUCUAGUCAAACAAGGGAGUGACUUUGUGGGACGCCCAGAUCUCCACAGCUUCAAGUUCAUUGGUAAUGGCGAGACCUUCACCUUUGGUAGGAAUUCUGAGGAAAGCUGGCGAGUUCGCCGAAGGCUGGCCCAAAAUGCUCUCAAGACCUUUGCAAUGUCAAUCAGUCCAAACUCAUCGACUUGCCUGCUGGAGGAACACAUCUCCAAAGAGGCAGAAUAUCUUGUCAUGAAAUUCCAAGAUCUGAUGAAAGAGAAGGAGAGUUUUGACCCUUCACAAUAUGUGGUGAUCUCUGUAGUCAAUGUUAUCUGUGCCAUGUGUUUUGGGAAGCAUUACAACCAUGAGGAUCAAGAACUGCUUAGCAUAGUGGACAUAAACAAUGAUUUUGGUGCAGUGGCCGCUUCCGGGAACCCAGCUGAUUUCUUCCCGAUCCUCCAAUAUCUUCCUAGCCGCAGCAUAGAAACCUUCAAGGAUUUGAACCAGCGAUUCAACAUGCUGGUGGAGAAUCUGGUUAAAGAACAUUAUGUGAGCUUUGACAAGAACAACAUCCGAGAUAUCACUGACUCCCUCAUCAGCUUCUGCCAGGAUAAAAAACCGGGUUCAGAUGCCAACGAUUCCCUUAAGGAUCAGAACAUUGUCGGGAUCGUCAAUGAACUCUUUGGAGCUGGAUUUGAUACUGUGACUACUGGUCUGGCCUGGUGCCUUCUGUAUCUGGUGACUUACCCAAAAACCCAGAGGAAAAUUCAAGAAGAACUUGACCAAAUCAUUGGCAGAGAAAGGGCACCCAAGCUGUCUGACUGUGCCGUGCUCCCUUACUCAGAAGCUUUUAUCUUUGAGAUGUUCAGACAUUCAUCCUACGUUCCCUUCACAAUCCCCCAUUGCACCACUAGGAACACAGUACUGAACGGUUUCUAUAUUCCUCAAGAUACCUGUGUGUUUGUCAACCAGUGGCAAGUCAACCAUGAUCUGAAACUUUGGAACGAGCCCUCUGUUUUCAACCCUGAACGAUUUCUUGCUACUGACGGGACAGGAAUAAACCGUGAGGAGUGUGAAAAGGUUAUGAUUUUUGGCUUGGGCAAAAGGCAGUGCAUUGGACAGAGCAUUGCAAAAAAGGAGAUUUUUCUGUUUCUGACCACCUUGGUGCAAAAGCUGGAAUUCACCCUGUCUGGCCCAGAGAUGGUGGAUAUGACUCCCCAGUAUGGUCUGACCAUGAAAUUCAAAAAAUGUGAACACUUCCGGGUCAAACCGCGUUUCUAGCGCGUGAAAGGCUGACUCUUGCCCAGGAAGGGGGACGGGAGGUUACUUACUCUGAUAGGAUUUAUUGUUUGCUUUGGAGUGGCUCAGCCACUCAAGUCGUGCUUGAGCAAAAGCCAAUGUUACUAGCUUGCUGUAAAGAAAAAUGGGGGAUUUAUAGCUCUGGGGGAUCUUGUGAAGUCUUUAAUCAAUACAGAGCAUCCUUUGCUUGAAGGGUCUCAGAGCAUAUGCUGAUCUAAACAGGCACUGAAUUUGAACCUGUGAAUAAUCCUUUAAUGUGUGACUGGACAGUCCACACUGAUCAGACAUGUUCUUCUAGCAUGGAGUUAUUCAGUGAGGUGUACAGAAAAAUCAUAGCAUGUAGAGCUGAGAAGCACAUCAGAUGUCCAGUGAUGUAUUGUUACAGUUUGGAGGUCUUGCCUGAAAAGCCACCCCAAAGCAUUUUUAAAAUUCUGGGCUUGUAUCAGAACACGGACAGGAUGACCAUGAUCUUUGCAAGGUGACAGGGAUGGGAUCUGGAUCUAGAUCUUUGCAAGAGGACAGGGACGGGAUCUGGAUCUGGAAAGUAGGCAUGGCUAGGGCUACCUACAAGGUGGAAUACCAAACACGGUCAUGCACUUGAUUUCACCGGCCACUUGCUUGGUGACUUUGAACUAGCCACUAACUCUUAUCUUAAUCUACCUCAGAGGCAUAUUGGGGAAAUUGCAGGAAAUCGUAUGUAUACUCCUUGGAAUUCUUAGAGGAAAUGAAAUAAACAUACAACAAAAAUGAACUAAACAUGGUCAUUUUAAGUACGGUGACUGGGAAAUUAAGCUUGAUAAAGGUGCUUCAAAUUAUUAAAUGGCCUUUGUGUCUCAAUCAUCUGCUUAAGAGCCACUGAUUCUGCAGAAUGCUUUUGCCUGAUGUAUUCUGUCCAAUUCGUUUGGGGAUGAGGAAGACGUAUGUGUCAAAUCCCAGAGUAGAAAUUAAAACUUGGGUGGCCCAGAGAGUCUCUGUUAAGUAUUAUGUAUAUACAGCAAUGAAAAAUAAAUAAAAAUGUCUUUCUAUGA